UUAUUUUGAAAAGAGAUCUAAGAUGGCUGGUUGUUGGUACCAAGAUGCGGGGAGGAAUAACUCGCUCAGUACGCGGUAUUCCUUCCGAAGGAAAUCUCGGAAGCAAAUAAACACAAGAUGAUGGUACUGUACACUUCACUUUCGAAAACAGACCUUUCUGUAGUGGCCUUCCUCUCUUCAAACUCAGUGGAACUCGUUAUUCAUACCCAAGAUUGAUAGCUAAAGGCUAUAUUUGGUUAAUUAUCCUCAGGAAAACAUAUUUGGAGAUUGGAGCUAUCAAGGCCAAAUUAAUGUUUCUAAAGCAUCUUUGUAUCACUAGAUUUUGUUAUUUAGAGGAGCUGGUUUAAAGGAUUUCAAAGAUUUACAUAAUAUUUUUUCAUUGGCAAGCUGUGCAUUUUUAUCAAAUUCUCAAGAUGGCAACUGACACUUGGAAGGGUUCUGAACGCAGAGAUCGAACCAGAACUACAUCAUAUGACUACAAUAAUCGCGAUUAUUACAUUGGCAAUCACAACAAAGGAAGAACUUUUUCAUACAGCAAUUCCUUCUCUGGACAUACUGCCACUCGAGAAACUGGUGUGGUUGAGAAACUUUUGCACUCCUAUGGCUUUAUAAACUGCUGUGAAAGAGAGCUACGGAUUUUCUUUCAUUAUAGCCAAAUCAAUGAGGACCCUCAGGACCUUUCUAUUGGAGAUGAAAUGGAAUUUGAAAUUUCAUCAGAUCAGCGAACAGGAAAACCCAUCGCAUGUCGUGUGGUGAGACUUGAAGCUGGGUCUGUUUCCUUUGAGAUUCGAAGUGAGGAAACAGUAUGUGGAGUGAUAGACGCUGAACCUAAAUUAUACUUGAAGAACAGUCCAAAAUCUCCACAAAAUGGGCUUGACCCUGAUUCAGGACGGUUGAGCUAUGAGCGGAAUGGGGAGGUCUUCUAUCUCCAGUUUUCUUCCAAUGACAUUGUUAAUUCAGGAACACCUCUCCACAAAGGAGACAAAGUUGAAUUUUAUGUAGCCACAGAUAAAAGAACUGGGGUUGUCCGUGCUCGUGAAGUCACCCUCCUUGAGGCAGCAGAUACUGAGAAAUGUCAGGGGGUUGUCUCUUCAAUGAAGGAAUCGUUUGGAUUUAUUGAAAGGGCAGACAAAGUUAGUGAGAUUUUCUUCCACUACAGUGAAUUCAAUGGCAAUAUUAGUGAACUCAUGUUAGGAGAUGAUGUGGAAUUUGGAAUACAAGCAAGAAAUGGCAAGGAAGUUGCAGUGCGUGUUGAAAAAUUACCUGAAGGAACUGUGAAGUUUGAAGACAUCAGCGAUGAAAGAUUUCAAGGAACUGUGGAUCGGCCACUGAGUAAAUCUGCUUCAAAGAGACAACAUGAUCCAUUGCAUGGAAAGAUUGUGUACACUCCCCUUAACAAUGAUGAUGUUGAGGAAGAGAUUGUCUUCUCUGAAAGAGAUUUGCAUGGAGACUUCUCCCUUAGAGUUGGAGAUGUAGUGGAAUUUAAUAUUGCUGUUGAUCGCCGUGACUCUCUGAAAAGAGCUACAAAUAUCAGCCUAGUUGAUGUAGCUGAACCUAUUGAUGGAGAGUCAAGGGAAUUGGGUAUUGUAGCAUCUUUGAAAGAAGGAUUUGGUUUUAUAAAGUGCUGUGAUCGAGAUGCAAGGAUGUUUUUCCACUACAGUGCACUUCUUGACUCUGCACAUCAAAUUCAAGUUGGAGAUGAAGUAGAAUUUGCAGUAUCUGAGGACACAUCUUCCAUUAAACGCCUACAUGCAAUAAAAGUCCGAGUUGUACCCAAAGGAACAAUUAUUCAGAUGGAGAAAGUUUCAUCUCAAAUGUAUGAGGGAUACAUCGAAAGAGAACCCAGCUAUGGCACGCGCAGCCCCAGAAAGGAUAACAACAGAGAGAGUGAGUCUGGUCUGAUCAACUGCUUCAUUGAUGGAGUCAAAGAGUUGUUGCCAUUUGAUUUUAAUAACUUUGAGCUGAGAGGAGUUGCCCAGUAUGGUGACCUGGUGGAGUUCCAUUUGUCAGAAAGUCAGAGAACUGGUUACAGAAGAGCAGUGAACGUAACAGUGUUGAAAAGAAACAGUGAACUGCGCCACAUGGGAUUUGUUGCUACCCUCAAGGAGAAUUUUGGGUUUUUGGAGACAACCGAACAUGACAAGGAAGUGUUUUUCCACUACAGUGAAUACGAUGGUGAUCCCAAUGAGCUCAUUCUUGGUGAUGAGGUGGAAUACAACAUCAAAUGUAAGAAUGGUAAAGUCAGUGCAGAGAUGGUAGUCAAACUAGCUCGAGGGACCAUAACUCAGGAGCAAAUUCUGCCAGAGGUGUAUGUGGGCAAAGUUCUGAGGUCUUUAAGGCGUGCUGAUCCACAGCAAUUGGAGUAUGCUGGUUUAAUAGAGCGUAUUACAAAUGAGGACCAGGAGAGCGAUUCUGAGAAUGAGGUGGAGGAGGACUUGGAUGAUGGAGACUCCUUAGCUGUGGAGUAUGGAAUUACAAGUCUUGUGGACAAAAAGACUGUGCUUCAGUAUGGAGAUAAGGUACGUUUUCAAGUCGGUGUCGAUAAACAAACGGGAAGGGAGAUUGCCAUGAAAGUGGUUAGUGUACGACAACGAGUGCGGGCGCGAGUUGAGUCAGUCAAAGGCCAGUUUGGAUUCAUUGCUUACGAAAAUGAGGAAGGAAAGAACCUGUUCUUUCAUGUGAGUGAAGUGGAGGGUGAAGUUGAACUACAGCCAGGAGACGAGGUGGAAUUUGUUGUGGUGCAGAAUCAGAAGAGCCGAAAGAUGAGCGCAUGUAGUGUGCGUAGGAUCAGUGAUUCUCAGCGACCCGAACGACUCAUACGCAGAACAUUCACGGAGAGUGUUGAAAGCCCAGGGCCAAGAAUUGAAGUGAUCCGUAAACCCAGCGGACCCGACGGUACACGAGGGUUCACGUACAAACGGACUCUGCGUUCCUUGUCAGAUACAGCAACGGAUCUCACCCAGGGAAACAGCAGGCGUACUGCAGGCUACAAUGCGGCUAAAGAGGGGAGCGAGUUUGAAGAUCUUGUCUCCAAGCUAUGUGAUUAGGAUUGAGAUUUUAGUGCGAUGGGGAAAUUAUUUAUGUAUUAUAGGAAAUUGCAGGAGUAAAAUAGUGGUAUCCAACUUUAGAUAGAUAAAUUAGUAGUAGAUAUUUGUCUUGUCGCUUUAGUUAUAAUCACGCUGUAGAUUUCUCUAUCUCAUUUCUUUUUACCGUUUAUAUGACAUUAACAUUGUGGUGAUCCUAUGAUGAUUUUUAUGUUCGUAUCUCGAUCAUAUCCGCACGUUCUCAUUUUUGUUUUUUGGUUAUAUGUUUGAUCAUCGGUUCUUUUGAAAACAGAGGUAUCAAUGUUUUUUUUUUUCUCGCUGAUAAUGUGGCGCUCUAACUUCUGAGGAUUUUUGGCAUAACAACAGCGUAUAGCUCUUGCCUUCUCACGGUGGGGUUCAUGAAGGAGAACAGAUUUUGUAAUGGAACAGUUGAGGUAUUACUGCAGCCUACACAUCACGCAGGGCGAGAUUAUGCACCAGUUUUAUUAACUUGCUGAGGUUUUGCGCACAAAGUGUGAAGUUAUUACAAUUUCGAAAACGGUAAUUUAGUUAAAUAUGUAAUUUAAAUGAAUGUACCACACUUAUCAGUGAAACUAAUAAAGAUGCAACUCAAAAUUUU